AUGUUGCGGUCCCUGUUCGGAAAAGGGAAAAAGCGCCGGGAGCCAGUCGGACCUGCCCAUGAUGAGAGCAUCAGGGGAGCCCGCGUGGGCGACGUGCUGACGAUCAACGGCUAUUCCGUCGAGUACGACGAGCGGCUGUUAUUCAUCGAACGCAUCCACCGUUACUCCAGCAAGGCUGAUACCUGGUACGAGUUGCUCUGCGUCGACGGUGACGACCGCCUCUGGAUCGACUGGACCGACGGACGCGAGCUUUCGACAACGGUGACGGAGGACACAGGUCCAGUUGGCCUGGGCAGCACCGGCCUGAGCGAAGAGGACCUCAUCCAGUUGGACGAGGAGCAAUCCAUCGACAAUUGCGUCACCAUCGAUGGCGACAACUACUUCUACAGGAACAGCGUCGAGGUGCUCUUUUUCCAGGACAGCAAGGGACCGGGAGAUGCCUUUUAUCACUGGGACUUCCAGCAGGAACAAGGCCAGCGGACACUGUCUAUUAUGAAGUGGCCGGAACGGCCCUUCGAGGUCGUAUUCAGCGAUGUCGUUGACCCCGAGACCAUUACCCUCUACCAGGGCGAGCGGCGGAUCUCCUGA